CAUAACCAAACUAACGAAUAAACUGUCAUCGAUAUGCAUGCUUUCCGAUAGGGACGUGUGUGUGUGUGUGAUUUGACAGCAUCACAAUAGUUUUAUGCGUAAAACUAAACGCAAGGUGUAUCGCACGUUGUACGAUAUAUUGAACAUUUGUUGAUAUUGUUUAUUUAUUGUGUUAUUUGUCGCUUUUGGGAAUCGAGAAUUUUGGGUCGGCGACAAUAAUUCAUUCAGAAAGAAAAUGCCUCGACAAAAAUUUCGCGCCAAAUAUGGCAAAAAUUAUAGCAAUAAAGGGAAAGGGAAGAAAUUCGGCGGCAAUAAAGUGAAAAAUGCAAAAAAAUCGACGGAAUUUGUGAGCAAAGAGACGAAAAAGUUUAAAUUUAUCAAACGAAAUCAGGAGGCUGAAGAAGCUCUGCGACGACAACAACAAUUGGAAGGGAAUUUCAAAGAACGACAUGCAUCCAGCAAUCCAUUGUUGAAUCCAGACGAUUCGGACAGCGAAUCGGGUGAAGAGAGCACCGAAGAAGGAACUUCACUUGAACAAUUGAUGUCAACAUUUCAUGCUGCUGGCGGCUACGGCACCACAUCUGAUAAUGUCAUUGAAAGCGAGGAGUCGGUGGACGAAAAAGAGGAAUCAGACAAUGAAUCGGACGAUAUGAAUGAAGGUAUUUUCAAAUUUGAAGAGCAAUCACAGCCAAGAGGCCGAAAGUAUCGAUCGUCAGAAGAGGAGAACAGUAGAUCGGAUGAGGAGAACAGUGGAUCGGAUGAGGAGAAUAGCGAUGAUGAGAUGCCAGAUGAUACGAGCCACAGUAUACUUCGACCGGAGGAGUAUGAGAACAAAGGUAAUUUCGAUGAUUCCAUCGAAGAUGGCGAUUAUUCUGGCAGCGAAGGGAGUGAACCAGAGCUAGAUGAAGAGAAAGAGGACAGCGAUGAUGAAGGUGUGCCUGACAUGACUAGUGCCGAUAAAUUCAAUCUUCAUUUGAGUUACGAUUUGAGUCCACAGUUGCUGGAAUGCCUGAACGAUACACAUCUUUCGAAAAAAGAGAUUUUAAACUGGCCAACAUUGGGUCGACUUCAGGUUGAAAUUCCAACCAUAAACGAGGAGGCAGAACGCAAUGAACCAGCGAAAAAGAAGAAGAAAACUUUGUUGGAUGAUGAUACGGUGUAUGCGACUGAGGGAACGGUUCCAAAAUUAAUCGAAAGUAAAAAUGUGGAUUUAGAAGAAAUUGGCGUCAAAGUGCAACUGCGACCUCAUGUUGUGGCCGCAAAUAAGUGCAAUGUGAAAGAUAGCGAUAAGCAAUUUACCGAUCUGCAAUGUGAACUCUUUUCAAUAAUGAACAACUAUCAAGAUCUAUUUUAUCCGCAACGAUCGCACGCAAAUGGCGAGGAAAUUCGUUUUAUGUACACGUUACACGCACUGAAUCACAUCAUGAAAACACGAACAAAGGUUCUCAACCACAAUCUAAAGCUAAAAACGAUGUCUGCGGCUGAUUCGAAGGCAGCUACCAUUAUUCCGGAUAAAUAUCGCGAUCAAGGGCUGUUCCGAACCAAGGUAUUGAUUGUGGUUCCGUUCCGUGAGGCAGCACUUCGUAUUGUGAACAUUUUGAUUUCAAUUCUAUUCCCUGGCGGCGAUAAAGAGAAUGCCGGUAGCAAAUCACAAGUCAUGCACUACAAACGUUUCGUCAGUGAAUAUGGCGGUGAGACGUUGCAUUUUCCAAAGAAAAAUCCAAAACCUGAAGACUAUGAGCUCACAUUCGCUGGUAAUUCGGAUGACACAUUCCGUUUGGGUGUGACAUUCACUCGAAAAUCCAUCAAAUUGUAUUCGGACUUUUAUUCAUCGGACAUUAUAAUCGUUUCACCGCUUGGAUUGCGAAUGAUUGUCGGUGCGCCCGGUGACAAGGAGCGAGACUAUGACUUUUUGGCAUCGAUUGAAAUGCUAAUUUUGGAUCAAGCCGAUAUAUUUUUAGCACAAAAUUGGGACCAUUUGUUACACGUACUGGAUCAUUUGCACUUGCAACCGCAAUCGGCUCGAAACACAGACUUUUCCCGGGUGCGACCAUGGUGCUUAAAUGGAUGGUCUCGUUUCUAUCGUCAAACAUUGCUGUUUGCAUCGCAUGAACUUGCCGAGUUUCGAUCGCUAUUCAAUACACGCUGCUCCAACUAUCGUGGCAAAGUACGACUGAUAAAUCCCAUCGAAAAUGGAUCAAUCAAACACGUUGCGGUGCCAAUUCCACAGAUGUUCCAUCGUAUCGAUGUAUCGUCAAUUCAAUCGUCAUUCGAUCAACGAUUCGAAUAUUUCAUCAACAAUAUAUUGCCACAAUUUAAGGCAGCUUCAAAGGCUCACUGUUUGAUCUUCAUUCCGAGUUACUUCGAUUUUGUCCGCAUUCGCAACUACUUCAAAAAGGAAACAAUGAAUUUUACACAAAUUUGCGAAUAUACAAAGGAUGGAAAGAUCGAUCGAGCUAGAUCGAUGUUUUUCCACAGUGGAGCUCAUUUUAUGCUGUAUUCAGAGCGUGCUCACUUUUUUCGACGAACACGCAUCAAGGGGAUUCGUCAUUUGAUCAUGUAUCAACCACCGACUUGGCCACACUUUUACUCAGAAAUGAUCAAUCUGAUGCAAGAGGCCAACCAGAAUGCACGUGACGGUAUCGAAAAUUCGAUGAGCGUCACCGUCUUAUAUACAAAAUACGAUAUGCUUCAAAUUGCUUCGAUCGUUGGCUCCGCACAAGCCAACGAAAUCGCUCAAUCAAGCAAAUCAACGCAUGUUUUUAUGACCGGAGAGUAAAUUAUUUAGCGAAAAAUUGUUAGAAGGCUUUUUUAAAACGCAAAAUAAACUUCAUCGAAUACUCGAA